AGAACUACAUGUCCCAGAAUGCAAAUCACAGUAUGAUGUCAUUCACAGGCGUCCGCUGCAGCAGCGCUGUAUAUUUGCAACAGCACAGAAAGACUGCCUUUCUAAAGCUGUCUCAAUGGUGAUGAAGUCAUCGGUAGAGGAGGAGGAGGGAGGUUGGGGUCUUGGGAUCCCAGAGAAGAUGAGAAACAAUGCCGACUGGGUGGACGUCACCAAAGAAUUCAAAGGAGCUUGUAAAGAGCUCAAACUUGGCGAGUUGCUCCAUGACAAACUGUUUGGUCUGUUUGAGGCGAUGUCAGCCAUCGAGAUGAUGGAUCCGAAGAUGGAUGCUGGGAUGAUCGGAAACCAAGUCAACCGUAAAGUCCUCAACUUUGAACAAGCUGUUAAGGAUGAGGCCAUACGAGUGAAGGAUCUGAGUAUUCCUGAGCUCAUCGGGAUCAUGGACACAUGUUUUUGCUGUCUGAUCACAUGGCUGGAGGGGCAUUCUCUGGCUCAGACUGUGUUUACGUGUCUAUAUGUUCAUAACCCGGAUCUUAUUCAAGACCCUGCUCUUAAAGCCUUCGCUCUGGGCAUCCUCAAGAUCUGCGACAUCGCCCGCGAGAAAGUCAACAAAGCCGCUGUGUUUGAGGAGGAAGAUUUUCAGGCCAUGACUUACGGCUUUAAAAUGGCAAAUAACGUAACAGAUCUGAGAGUGACAGGAAUGCUGAAAGAUGUUGAGGAUGAACUUCAGAGGAAAGUAAAGAGUACACGCAGUCGACAGGGUGAACAAAGAGAUCCUGAGGUGGAACUGGAUCAUCAGCAAUGCUUGGCUCUCUUCAGCCGUGUUAAAUUCACUCGCCUGCUGCUUAGCGCGCUCAUCUCCUUCACUAAAAAAGAGACGAGUGCUGUCAGCGAAGCACAGAAGCUGAUGACUCAGGCUGCUGACUUACUGCCCGCGAUACACUCCUCUAUACAGUAUGGAAUACAGUCACAGAAUGACACAACCAAAGGAGAUCACCCAAUCAUGAUGGGUUUUGAGCCGCUGGUUAACCAGCGCCUGCUCCCGCCCACUUUCCCACGCUACGCCAAGAUCAUUAAGAGAGAAGAGAUGGUCAACUACUUCAGCAAACUCAUUGAGCGCAUUAAAAAUGUCUGUGAGGUCAUCAACAUAACCAACCUGCACAGCAUCUUGGAUUUCUUCUGUGAGUUCAGUGAGCAGUCUCCGUGUGUGAUGUCUAGAUCUCUGCUACAGACCACAUUUCUGAUUGACAAUAAGAAGGUGUUUGGGACUCAUCUGAUGCAGGAUAUGAUUAAAGAUGCAUUGCGCUAUUUUGUCAGCCCACCUGUCCUCUCCACAAAAUGCAGUUUGAACAAUAACCACCAGGCUAAAGAUUACAUUGACUCCUUUGUCACACACUGCACACGGCCAUUCUGCAGCCUUAUCCAGAUUCACGGACACAACAGAGCACGCCAGAGAGACAAGCUGGGUCACAUACUGGAGGAGUUUGCCACCCUUCAGGACGAGGCUGAGAAGGUGGACGCUGCUCUUCACGGUCUUCUGAUGAAGCUGGAGCCUCAAAGGCAGCAUUUAGCCUGUCUGGGCACCUGGAUCCUCUAUCAUAACCUGCGCAUCAUGAUCCAGUACCUGCUCAGCGGCUUCGAGCUGGAGCUCUACAGCAUGCAUGAGUAUUAUUACAUCUACUGGUACCUGUCGGAGUUCCUGUAUGCGUGGCUCAUGUCCACGUUGAGUCGAGCGGACAGCUCUCAGAUGGCAGAGGAGAGAAUCCUGGAGGAGCAGCUGAAAGUACGAAGCAGCAAAAAGAGCAAGAAGAAGAAGAAAGCUCGUCCUCUGAGUAAAGAGAUCACCAUGAGCCAAGCUUACCAGAACAUGUGUGCUGGCAUGUACAAGACCAUGAUAGCGUUGGAUAUGGACAGAAAGGUGCGCAAGCCUCAGUUUGAACUGGACAGCGAGCAGGUUCGCUACGAGCAUCGAUUCGCCCCUUUCAACAGUGUUGUCACACCGCCACCAGUGCACUACAUCCAGUUUAAGGAAAUGUCAGAUUUGAAGAAGUACAAUCCUCCUCCUCGCUCAGCGGAUCUCUAUAUGGCAGCCAGUAAACAUUUCCAGCAGGCCAAACUUAUACUUGAAAACGUCACCAGCCCUGAUGCAGAGGUUAACCGCAUCCUUAAAGUGGCCAAACCCAAUAUUGUUGUAAUGAAACUGCUGGCUGGAGGACACAAGAAGGAAACUAAGGUACAACAUGUUUAUAUGAAUAUUCUGGGUUCAGUACAACUUCAGCUCUAUGGACCGUCUCUGUUACCAGGGACAAAACAUUUUAACUCGUCUCUCAGUUUGUAAAAAUAAUAUUGUGUU